CCCAUCUACUUUGUGACCUUUAAGUGGUUUUGUCAUGGAAGUCUACAUGAGUGAUCUCUCAUACUAGUAGUGACUAAUGUUCCAUAACUUUGAUAAAUAAGGUGGAUGAAACGUUGGGGGGAGGGAGGAUUUCACAUGGGAAGGAGCUAAAGUGGAGUGUGGUUGUCACCUUCAGUGGGUUGGAAGAGGCUUCUUUGCUUGUUUAUUUUGGCUGAAAAGGCAAAUGGUUGUUAGGCUUCUAAGGGAAAUAGAGCAAUUUAUUGUAAGAUUAUCUAAUGCUACGUGACAUGGCUGAGAAAGAAAUGUCAGAGCUGUCGGAGGACUGGAGGAGGAUAUUGAUAAAAAAAUCUAACAGGGUUCUAAAUGAGGUUGAGAUGAUAGAAUUUAGACACUUGUUAAAGCAUGUUUUCUCUUCCAAGCUAGGAAGAUGGAAUCAUGUGUUUGGCUAGAAUCAUCAAAUUAUUUUAACUAGGUUAGUUUUGCUGGUCAUUUGCAAAGGGAUGAGUUCAAUUAGUUAUGUUAUAUGUUUCAAGGAAUAGUAUUGCAAGAAGUAUGUGAAAAUUCGACAAAACUACUGUAGGGUUGGAGAUUAUUGAGAUUCCCUAGUUUAAUGGUGCCUACUGUUGGUCUGAUGGUUGUGAGAGACCCAUUCUAUUCUUCUUCUAUCGUUGUUUAGUCAGUAAGGGUAUUUUGGAAAACUUUCCUUCUAGACCUUCAUGUAUUCUCGGUUGUCGUUUAUUCCUGAUUGGAAUGGAGGGUGGAUUUUAGAAGAAACUUUACUGGUUUUGAGGUGGAAUAGUGGGCUUUGUUGUCUCAUUUGUUAUUUAAUAUUAGGCCCUAGUGAAUGACCAAAAAGAUUCUAAACUCUGGACCUUUGAGAUCUUUUUCCUCUUUUGCAUAGCUUACCCCUUAUGAAAAAGCCUUAGGUUCCUAGCUUGUUGACUUAAUUUGGCAAGCCUUGUACAAAAAAACGCAAGGGUUUUCUUGUGGAUUUUCCCUGUUGAAAACUCGAACCCUUGGGGGGUAUACACUCGUCCCUUAGAUGCAAAUUAUGAUCUAUGCAAGCUCUAAUGGAAAACGAAAAAAGGAAAAACAUACAAGUCUUAUUAAAAAAUGAAAAAAAGAGGAAAGAUGUAGAAAUCUUCUUGGUGUCACUAAUGAUCAUUGUUUAGUCCACUUUUUGAAAAGUUCGCAGAUGAUGCUGAAAAUUUUUCUUGUACAAUGUUUUUCUAGACUAUCACAAUAAUACAUGUGAGGUUGAUUCUAGUUCAUGACCCGUGUUGAGAGUUGUGAUGCCUUGAUUGUUGAGCUAUGCUCGUUUUAUUUUGAUCGAUUUAUUUAUUGUUAAGUGUCCUUGUAAUUUUAGUCCACACUUGGACAUGUAAAGAAAGAUAGGAUGACCUUUCUGGCAACUAAGUUAUUGUUAGUUAAGGAGAAAGAAAAGAAGGGCUUUCUUUGCUUGUUUUCCAAUGGUAAAGACUCUUAAGAACGAAUGAAUUGAAUCAAGUGAUCAAUGAACUUAGGCUUUUAAAAAUGCACUCAAGAAGAUGAAGCUCUAGUAUCAAUUUUUCUUGCUCCAACCUCAUUAGCUAAAAGGAUAGAGCUAUUUGCAUGGUAGAAGAGAAAUGGAUUUUGCACAUGUUUAUAAGUUGCCCUCCUUUGAGAUGCACUGACACUCCUAGUAUGGCCAAGUGUCAGUGUCAAACACGUUUCUCGACACUCCCACGACACGCCAGCUUUAUCCUUUUCAAUUUCGGACACAGCCAAGACACGCCCCCGACAUAGCUGGAAAAAAACAUAAAUAAAAGGUUAGAAAAGCACAUUAGCUUGGCCCAACAAUUAUUAAGUUAUAUAUUUUUUAAUCUUAUCUUUUCAAAUCUUUUUUCACGCAUUUCUACCCUCAGUCGAUUUCUUCAAAUUCUUGCCGCCAACCCUCUUUGCCCUAACCUGCUUGCCAGUCGCCGCCCAACUCUCUUUGCUCUAACUUGUUAUGUCUUAUGGCUCUAAACUUGUAUUUUGAUGUUUUUAAUUGGAAUAUUUCUCAAUUUGUUUAUAUGCAUGACAUAUAUUUAAUUCUUUUUACUAAAAAAAAUUGGCAUGUGCUUGACGUGUUGUGUCCUACAUUUUUAAAAAAUGGCAUGCUGCCUUAUCGGAUGUCAGUAUCUACGUAUGCUUCCUAGGUCCUCCUAGCAGGUGGGUAUGCUACAUUUAACUAGUAUAGUUGAAACAACUUUAUGGAAAGCUUUUAAGUACAACAAUUGGGGUUGGGGGACUCGAACCUCCCACUUCAUGAAUGUUGGAUAGGAAGGUCUUGCCCAUUACCCCUGAGAUAAGCUUGCUUUGGUAGUUUGAUUUAAGAAGUUAGAAAUGCAUUGUUGUGUCCUCGUAGCAAAAGAAGACUGUCUCUAAAUUCAAUCCGUAGCAUUAACUCUUUGUGAAGAUUCUGCAAGGCAACAAUUGGGGAGGUGAAGGAACUCGAGCUACGUAACAUACUAAAAAAGGACACGGAGGAGAACCUUUUCGAAGGUCUAGGAAUCUAACAUGGAUCACCAAAUAGAAGGCAUAAACUUUAAUGUCUGUUUCUUUUGUAUGGUUAGUCUCUUGUUAUAUAAAAAAAUUUAGGUAGGAUUUUGUGGUCGGUAACCUGUGAAUAGAAUCUCUCUAGUUUUUCUGGAAAUCAAUUUUCCUUAGCUAUAUUUCCCUUUGGAAUAAUUUUGGAAAGAGUCCCUUGGCAUUUAACAAAUGUCAAUGUAAACCUAUUUCGAGCUUUAAUAAUUUUUCAUUCAUUCAAUGAAAAGUUUUGUUUUUGUUUAAAAAAACAAUGUCUACCGGUGAUAGUGGUUACUAAUUCAGUGUGAACUAAUAACCAUUUUCUAAUGAAAUUCAUGUCCUUGGGCUCUCUAGGGUUUCUUUGAAGGUUUUUUUUUUUGUUUUUUUUAAUUAAAUAUAAUUAUUGCAUGAGUCACGUGACUACAAUAAUGCUUAUAGAGAUGUUGUAGCGUCUAGUUUCAUCAACAUUGCAUAUAUACUUUUUUGAUUGAUUGUUCUGUUGUUCUCCUCUUCAUGUGAUACUUGACUGUGUUCCUUGUUUGUGAUAUUGAUUACAUCUAAGUUAACAAGAAAUGUCACGUUUUAUGGCGUGCUAUUGGAUUAGUUACUUUGUCAGAUUGGUUUAUAUUCCCACAUUUUCUCUUCCCAUCAUGAUGGGGUUGUACCAUAUAUUUUGCUAGACUUUUUACAAUGAUCACUUAUUGGUGUUCUCCAGCGUACACUGGUUACUGCAAAUACUUUUUCCUUCAAGUUGAUUGCUUGUACAAGCUUCUUUUGAUUUUUAUACCCUCACUUCUGAGCAAAGUCCAUCUAUGAUUAUUUGAAGUUUGGUUGGUACUUGGUAGGUAGGGGUGGCGUAUUUACUGGCAGGAAAUUUUGUUUAUUUUAUGAAUACUAGUUAUAUGACUGAUAACAAGUGAGGAAAUUUGUUUUAAAAACAAAGCUUAGGUAAUAAAAUGUUGUUUUUCUGUCUGUUCUGGCUAAACCAUGUGAUUAUGUGCUGGGUUUUUCUUCUCUCUGUGAUUGUGGAAUCCCACUCGUUCUGUGCUGAUGUGUCGGGUGAUUUAUAAUUAGGUAACUGAAUACAUCUGAAUGAGCUUAGGUAAUUUCAAUGGGGAAAUGUAGUCUAAUCUAUUCUUUGCUGAAACUCAACCAAUUCAAUCUAUAUGAAAUAACUUGGAUUUGACAACGAAGUGGGGAGGACUUGCCAUUAUAAUUAACUUAUUUUCAUCCUGCCUUCAGAUUUUACUGUAUUUAGGAGAAAAUCCUUAGAGUUAUGAGUGGAAGUGGCAGAAAACGCACGUCAAAAUGGGAUUUGAGAGAAGAUUCUCACGUUGAAACUGACAUUGCGCAAGAACAUGGCUGGCCUGGAAAAGAAUCACGUCCUGGCUGGAUUUCUCCUGAACUUGCAGGUGAUGAUGGUUCAAAGUGGUCUGGUAUGGAGACCACCAAUGGCAUUUCAAAACCUAAGCAAGAUUGGGGAUUGCUGUUGGAGGAACCUUUCCCUGGAACCAGAGCUUCACAUAAGGAGGAUUACACUAGUAAAGGCUAUAAUAAAGAUUUGGAAGGGACUGCUGAAUGGGAUGCUGAUGAUAAAAGCUACAGCACAAGAAUGUCUCCUGGUCUAGAUGAAUGGAGAAGACAUAGAUCUAGCCUGUCUGAUAGAAAUGAUGGGAGCAGGUCAGUGAGGGGUAGGAGUAGAAGCCGAAGUUGGAGUAGAAGCCGGAGUAGAAGUAGAAGUCCUCAUAGUUUUAAGCGAGACUCAGCAUUUCAUGAUAGAAACAGAAACAGAUCUCGUGUUUCAACUCAACUGUGCAGAGAGUUUGUUUCUGGAAGAUGCAGGCGAGGUAAUGGUUGUCAAUUUCUUCACCAGGACAAUCAAAUUAUGGAUGAUAGCUGGGAUAGUAGGAACAGGAAGGGGGGCCGAUCUUUAAGAUCUACCCCUCAUGAUUUUAGAGACUAUCCCAGGAGUGGUAGAUCAGCUGCUCAAUGUACCGAUUUUGUGAAGGGAAGGUGUCAUAGGGGCGCCUCUUGCAAGUAUCCUCACGACAGUGCAUUUCAUGAUCUAUCACGAGGUUCUCCAAAUGAUAUUAGUAGAGAUAGGGAAAAUGAUAGGAGUAAAGAAGCCUACUUCUCACGUGGUGAGCGUGAACCUGGCAAUAGCAGUCUUGUUACCUGUAAAUUUUUUGCUGCUGGAACUUGUCGUAAUGGAAAAAAUUGCAAGUUUUCUCAUCAUAGCCAGCCACGUGCAAGUCCAGAGAGGAAAUCAAGUACUGAUAGAUGGGAACAGGACCCAUUUUCAGAUGGUAGGGAACGGUUGUGGGAUGGCUCAAAAUCAAGUGAAUUGGCCAGUGCUUCUGAUUUCACUCAGUUGAGAGAGGACAAAGGUGAACAAAUUGCUAGUCAAGAACCAAGUUAUACAUGGGCUUCGGAACAAAAAUGGGUUCAUGGUUUGAAUAAUGAGAGCAAAACUCAGUGGGAUCAAACUGUUGGCGUAAAGGCAGUUCAAGGUAACAAGAAUGAUACCAUUCUGAGCAAGGCAGAGGACACAGGUGGGUGCAUAGGCACUUCUGACCCUAGAGGUCACAGAAAGUGGCCAAGUGAUGAUAUGGAGAUGUCUCCUGAUUGGCACUACCCUGUGCAACCAUCCAAUCAUGUGGUGAAAAGUGAUUGCAACAUUGUCCCGGAUUCUGGCUCUAAAACUUCCAUAGCUUUAGCCACUCUUAGCCAUGCGAUAGUUCAAGAAGCUCUGGCUAAGAAGCAAGACAUUGCCAUAGAGCCUAUAACAGCUGAUAAUACUCAUUUUCGGCAAAACCUUAAUUUAACAAAAGAUGUUACUAUUGCGUCAGCAUUCAAUGAUAAGAUAACAAUGGACAAAACCAUUGCUUCACAUGCUGAAGGCAAUCCUUCUAGUAACACUGUCCUUGUACAAAGAAUGGCAUAUCACACUGAUCAUCCAGGGGGAACAGUAAUGAAUCCGAAAGUUUCAGAUGGAAAUUUCAGAGUCAAACAGAAGGAGGAGGAUGGAAGCGUGCCUGGAAUUAAUUCUGGAACAACUAUCGCUCCAAACAUAGUAACUAGUGAACAAAUUACCCAAUUAACUAACCUCUCAGUCUCCCUUGCACAAUAUUUUGGAAAUGUGCAACCCUUACCUCAAAUAUACAACUCUCUUAAUACGCAGAGUGUUUCAGAAACAGCUUCCUUCUCUUAUUCUGAUGCAUCCACGGGUGCGUUGGGGCUACCAAUGAAGUCAGGUCCUGUAGUUGAAUCCUCAAAGCAACAUGAUUCUGCUCUCUGUAAUAGCUUGGAGCUUAAGAAGUUGGAAGUCACUAAAACACCUUCAGACUGUUUGCCGAAUUCCGCUGGACAGAAAAUCGCUACAGAAGUGAAGGAUGAAGUCCAGAUGCCAAAUUUGCCUCUGUCAUCUGAUCCCCGUGACAAGGUUGGCAUCUCUGCUAAAGAAACUUUUCAUGGGAGUGAUGCAAUAAAUCAUGCGAAGCUUGCAACUGAGGGUGAGGCUAUCAAAGAGAAAAAUGGUGAUGGGGAUAAUGAGAACAAGACUGACCCAGAGGAUUCUCAAGAGAAUGAUACUACAGAAAAUGCAAAUGGGAAUGAUGGGGUCCAUGAUAAGAAGAAAAGUAAGGAUGCCAAGGGAAUUCGUGCCUUUAAAUUUGCACUUGUGGAAUUUGUCAAGGAACUUUUGAAACCUACAUGGAAGGAAGGUCAUAUCAGCAAAGAUGUUUAUAAAACCAUAGUCAAGAAAGUAGUGGACAAAGUGACAGGUACCUUACAGGGGGGUCAUAUUCCUCAAACGCAGGAGAAAAUUGAUCACUACCUUUCAUUUUCAAAAUCAAAGCUCACUAAACUUGUUCAGGCAUAUGUGGACAGAGUUCAGAAGACGGCUUGAGAAGACGAGGUUGUCGAAGUACAUUCUUAUGUAUUUUUUUUUCUUUUUCAAAAUUAUCCCAUGUACUUAUUUGGUAGAAUCCUGCAGCCUUGGGAAUGAUAAUUGUGAUGUCUUACUAAUGUAGUAUAAUGUAUCUCCCAUUAGCAGUCUUAGGUACACCUUUCUGCAAAUUAGAUAUAUGGAAAUUUGUUGGUUUUAGUUUGUGCUUCUUUUUCUUUUUAUUGUCGAAUGAAUGGCUAUCACUUUUCGAGAAUCAAGUCUUCUUGACAAAAUGUUUGUAGCUUUUUCCUCUAUCUUUGGUCGAACCCACAAUGUUCGACUGUUGAUAGAUGGUUGAGUUGCAAAUUUGGUUAUUGUA